CUAUAAUUAAAAAUAUGAGUUUGGAGAAUGCUAUAGUUCAGUGGCUUAAUAAAUAUUAGUAAUUGAAUAUUUAGUCGUUUGAGAGCUUGGCUGAUGGUAAAGAUACUUUUAAAAAAUAAAGGAUGCGCAUUUAGUUAAUUGUUGAAUUUAGUUGAUCCUACAUUCUUUUCUUUGGCGAGUGCUAGAAACUUAAAGAUUGAUAUUGAUGCUUAGAAGGUUUAAGGUCAUUUGAUCGAUAUGCUUUAAAAAGUUUAAUAAUAUCGAACGAAUAUUCAAUGCAAGCCACCUGAUUAUAUAGAAAUUGAUGUUUUCGAGAUCGCAGUAAAAUAAAAUAAACAGUAAAUUUUGGCCUUAUUUGAACUGAUAAUGAAAGUUAUUCUAUCUUCAAACUUAAGAGGAAAAUUUAUCGAGCCUAUAUUAAUGUUAGAGGAGAAAGUUUAGGAAACUUUAAUGCAUUUUCUUAAAAAUCAUCUAGACGAAGUAUAAUAAAUAAUUUAAAAUAAAGUCAGAGAAUCAAACAAAUGAAUGGCAAGAGGAAAACUAUAUUCAAAGUCUGGUAUAAAAAAUGGAUGAAAUUGAAACUUAAAAUACAGAACUUAAAUAAUUACUAAAUGAAUCUGAAGAGAAAUAAAAAACAUUAAAAUGUGCCCUGGAUGAUGCCUUGGUCUAAAUGGAAAACAAAGAAAUGGAAAUCAAGGCACUAACAGAAUCUAAAUGUCAUUUAGAAAAAUGUAAGCAAUUUUAUAAACAAUUUAAGGUUUGGAAGAGAAGAUGGACUUUUAGCUUGAGUUUAAGGAAAGUGAGAAAAUACAUCAAAAAUGUUUGGAACAAGAACACAAAUUGGCAUAAUAUGAAUUAAUUAUUGAAGAUUUGAAAAGGAAAGAAAUCUAAUUUGUAUAACUAAAGGAAGAAUACUAGUAAAACAAAUAUAAAUUACAAGAGAACGAAAAAUUAGAAUAAAAAAUUGAAAGCGUAAGAGAUUACAAAUAAUAAUUAGUUAUAAGAACGAAGAGAAUUGGACAAAGAUGUUUACCAAAAAGGAAAAGAAAGAUAUGAAAAAGAAGUGGCUACAUUGAAGUAAAAUAUUAAGGAGUUAUUAAUAUAAUAAUCAGAGUUGAAAGAAUCCAAAUUAAAUUUAGAAUUAGAAUUACAAUAGAAUAAAGCUAGAUUGGAGAGAUCAUAAGAAUAGAUCAAAACUAUAGAAACUGAAUAUGGAUAAAAAAUUAGAGAGCUAUAGGUUUUGCUUGAGACUUUGCAUUAAGCUGAAGAUGAAGAUAUGCCUAAUAUGACAAGUAGCACUGAUUAAUAAUUGUCUUAAGAAAUGAAGUUAUCAACGAAUGCCAAAAACGAAAAUUUUGAAAGAGAAUACUAUAUAAAAGAAAAUCAUAAAUUGGAAGAAAAAUUAAAAGAGUGUUAAGCUAAAAUGAACGAAAUGCAAAUGGAAUUGGAAAGUAAGAAUUAAAAAAGCAAAUUUGAAUCAUAACUUUAAUAAUCUUAAUAAAUUUCAUUGUUAACAGAUAAAAUUAAAUAAUUUUAAGAACACAACUAAUAAUUAAAAAAACAGAAUGAAGAAUUAAAGAAAUAGACCUAAAAUAAGAAGGUUACUCAAAUUGAUUAUGAGAUAAGUGUGCUUUCUUUGUUAUCAGAUGCUUUAGCAAAAAAGGUUAAAGACACUAAAAGUUAAGAAAAAGAAUGA